CACACAGUCCUGAACGUGAAGGCACGGUCGCGCGGUGACGCGCCAUUCCGCACAUUCUACCGGCACUUUCAUUUUCCCCCUCAGUUGGCGACAUGUUGUCAUCUACCCUAUACAAAACAACAGCAACAGAGGAGAUCUGGCGAUCUAGGAGGCGCUCAAGUUGCACACUAGCUCGUUGGCAUCGCAGGUAGAUCGCAUCUCUCGACUAAAACGAGCUGAAUUUCAAAUUGCACAUCAUUUUUAAUAGGGGCUGAGUGUAAAUCAGGAAACGCAUGAUCCGAAGCGAUCGAAAUGUCCUGGUUCUCAAAUUGUGCAUACCGACUGGACGCUUUCGGUAUGUUAUGAUCACCUCUCGAUGACCCGUAACUCCCAUCUGGAAGGGACAUCAUCUAGCACAUGAUAUGACUUUGUUGAGCAGCAGCUCACCCUCACUCUUACAGUAAGCACGGCUAAUGAAUUGUCAGGUGCUAUAUUUAACGUCUUCCCUAUAUUAGGGGGGUGGAAUCGACAGUCCGGCUUGCGUGUGUUCGGGGAACAGUCUGUUUCAGGCGCUGUCAGCUGAGAACCUCGCGGCAACGGCACGGACAAACGAUGAAACCGGUCGAAGGGAACAAUGAGGAGGGCCAGGCUGGCGAGGGGAAAGAAAGGAAAGCCUGGUUCCGCGAAAAGACGAUUAGUAUCAACAGGGUCGGGGUCGUCAUCUUCGAAGCACCAUUCGAUGCCAAGAAGGAGGACGAGGUGGACAACACAGGCAUGCGAGUAUGGCCGGCCGCGCAGGUGCUGGCUUUGUACGCCCUGAACCACCCGGAGGUGUUGCGGAAGUGUGAGGGGGUGCUGGAGCUGGGGGCAGGGGCCGGGGUGACCGGGCUCCUGGUGGCGAAGGCCUGCGGACGUCCCGCCGAUGUGGUCCUGACGGACGGGGAGCACCACGUCCUGGAACUCACCCGCAGGAACAUCGAAGCAAACUUCAAAGAGGACGGCCGCCCGUCGUGCGAGUACCUCAGAUGGGGUGAGAACGUGGCCGAGUUCAGGGACAAGGUCGGGACCUUUGACCUCAUCAUGGCGACGGACGUCCUGUACUGUCCUGAGGCGCUGGAACCCUUCUUCACAACAGCGAGGCAGCUGAUGUCAUCCAAGCCCUCGGCCCAGCUGUUGGUUUCUCACACGAACAGAAGCUACGUGCCGCACUACAAGGUGCGGAAGGCGGGGUCCAAGUGUGGGUUCAAGUGCACGGACAUCCCACUGCAGUCCAUCCCGGGCUGUGCUGAGAUGUCGCGAGCCACGGCGGCGGACCCCAGGCACCCUCUGCUGCAGAGGAUGCAGGUCUUCAGAUUCACCCUGAAGUCGUCCAUCAGGGCUGAUCCGUCCUCGUAAAGGCCUUGCCACACAGUUGAUGAGCUUAAGGUGCACUCUCACUGCACUUGUGUCAAGCUUGCGUCACUGCGGGGGCUCACUGCUUCACUGUUUUGUUAUUUUCUCAGAUCUUUUUCUAAUUUAGAUAUUGCGUAAUACGUAAAAGUAUGACUAAGAGGACGACAAAUACACAGAAAAAGUAAGUUCUUUAUCUCUGAAAUUCGCUGAGUAUCUUUUGAACCCCGCAGUGACGCAAGCUUCACGCAAGUGCAGUAAGAGUGCACCUUUCGGUCAUAUUUGCUAAUCGCAAGAUCAGGUCGGCAAAUUUUAAAAUCGCCAGAGGGCGUAUGUUUUUACCUGAAAAUCUGCUCCAUCACAUGCGACUGGGCCCGGGGGCAUCGGACGAUCUCACAAGAUCGCGGUUUGAUCGAGAGAACUUGGGGCGUAUAACUGCCGAAUUCAUUUCGAGCAUUCGAGCACAGAAUCGUUGUCAGAUUGAUUUCCUUGCAGUUUGGCAGGGCGUAAAGGAAGGUUCGCUGGAAGUGACACCCAGCGGAAGCAGUAUAAUGUGCAGCCUGUGUCAAUGGUUUUUGCGGACUAUAAAUACGGAGUUGUAGUCUGUACGGUUUCAAUGUAGGGUCUUAGUAACAUGACCUGCAUUGUAUCUUAUACUACAAGUAUAUUGCUUUCUAUUGAAAGAGCUGAAAUAAUAGUUUUGAAGUACUCCUUUAUUGAUUUAGUGGAAGGUUGAGUCGGAGUUAUAACUGUCUUUGGCUUCUUUGAUAUCGUGAAGCAGAUUUAUAAUCUGUGAGACAGAUUCAAAAUUUUGGGCUUGUAAAUAUUACAUUUCAUACCGGGAUCAUGUCAAGUGAAACAUGUGAGUGGAUCGCUUUUGUAAAUACAAAUGUUCACCUAUUUCCAA